AUGGAAAGCUACCUGAAACAGUUUGACUGGUUCUGCUACAGAAAUGUGGCAAACAGUCGCUUCAUCGCUGGAAAGUCCGGAGCUUUGCAAAGCUAUGGGAUGUCGAAUCUACUGAUUUUGUUCGUCUUUUCACUGAUACUCGCCAGGAUCUUCUACCUGAUUUAUGAAUACCACUCAAUAUGGCACAUUGCGAAACAACUGCACAUAAACCCAAAGGCUAUACACCUACACGGAAUGGCUGAGUACGCCAGCGAAAUUGUAGAUCUCUACUACACCCACUUUAAUCAAAUUUUAAGGUUCAAAAGGCGAGUGAAGCCCGUACCCAUCCCAAGGAUAAGAAUGCCGCUGUCGCUGGAUGCAAAUUCCAUCAGAGUCUCCCUCGAUGACCCGAAUCCAGUCGAUUACGUCGGCAGAAUGUACGAUAAUGAAAACAGAAGCACCAGUCUUGCCAUAAAUUUCAACUUUGACUGCUCAAAAACGACAUUUGUAAGCGCACACUGGGGUGUGCCCAUCGAAAUUGUAGAAGCGAUUACAAUCGCCUCCAAAGCAAGUGACUCACGUAAAAAGAGGACCAUGGAGAACAGUAUAGUUGGUCGAUCCUUGAGUUUUAUAAGGAGCUUGACUCUCCCCUUUUACCCGGAAAGGAGAUUCCUGCUGGAGGAUUCCAUUGGUAGCAUGAGCAACGCUAGCGAAUCGUGCGGAGAUAUUUCUCUCCUGUGUAGCCAACACAACUUUUGUUCCUCAGAACCCAUAUGUUUCAACGCCGGCUCGAAAAUAGAGUGCAAAAUAAAGCCAACCAUUGACUAUGUCGAGAGCAGUGGAAUCAACACAUCUAUAUGGGAUGCUCUGGUAAUGUCCCAAGAAGACACUGUGAACAAGAGGAUACCACUGGUCAUUGUCCUCUACACACCAAGGACCCAGGAUCCAAGAAUUUUCAGUGAAGGUGGAGUAGAAAGUCAUCAGGGAUACGCUGAAAUAACACUCGUUGGAUUCAGAAAGUUCAAAUCGGAGGCGUACACUUCAUCGUUAUCUAGACUUUCAACAAGAGUUUUUAAACAAGUAGUAUUCUCUGGAGAUGCAAUAAAACCUCAAGAACCCAGGGAUAUGUUUGGAAUGGGAGACGUUCGCGACACUGAAUGUCUCAUUUGUAUCGCAAAUAAAAUGGACACUGUUUUAUUACCAUGUGGGCACGGUUCAUUCUGCUCAAAGUGUCUAUAUGGGCUUAGAAAUGACAAGUGUCCAGUAUGCAGAAGAAAUUUUUACUCUUAUGUAAAGUUUCCAUUAAAAUCUUGA